CAGACACAGAAAGACAAUCUGGCUUUUCAGAGUUCACGUUGGGUUUCGGUAGUUCGAGUUCGAGUUCCGAACAGCAAAGAGCGAAGUUGGUUGGCAACACUGAUUUUUUUAGACAUUCGAAUCGGACGAUGCAAAAUGGCUGUCGGCGAGUUUCGCAUUCGUUCCUAGACGUUUAGUGUUAAUGUUAAGUGAUAAGUUGACUGGAAUUAGUUUUCGUUAUCGGUUAAGUGACUUGUGGACUUUUGCGACAGAUUCCGCGAAGAUGAAUCUCGACAUCACUGCGUGAAUAAGAUGAACUCGCUGGUCGUCCGGCAUCGUAUGCAAAGGCCGAGCACCGGAUUCAACAGCUGCGAGUGACCUCGACGGCUGAAAAACCACGACUAGAAGAACCCGACGACGGCGACGAGAUCUUCGCCAUGGGCAACUGUUGCUGCUGCGGCGGCCGAUCCUCGCCGCAGGCCAAGCACGAUAUCAAACCUGACAUAAUAAGGAACCCGCCCGAUUCGCAGUUCAUCGACAACCACUUUCCCAAAGACCAAACGCCGUUGAGCGGCGGCGGCGUCGUCGGCGGCGGCGUCGGCGGCCGUCCCGACGAGAGGUAUCGACCGACGCCGACGAAGUCGCGGCCCAUCAUGGUGGCCAUGUACAACUACGAGGCCAGAGACAGCCAGGACGUGUCGUUCAAGAAGGGCGAUCGCAUGGAGGUCGUCGACGACUCGGAGGGCGAUUGGCUGAAGGUGGUGCACCUCGUUACCAAAGAAAGGGGCUACAUACCGGGUAACUACGUGGCGGCCGAGCAGAGCGUCGAAAGCGAAGAUUGGUUCUUCGAGAACAUAUCUAGAAAAGAAGCGGAAAAGCUCCUUUUGUCCGAGGACAAUCCCCGGGGCACUUUUCUAGUCCGUCCGUCGGAGCACAACCCCAACGGUUAUUCGCUAUCGGUGAAAGAUUGGGAAGAGUACAGGGGUUAUCACGUCAAACACUACAAGAUCAAGCCGUUAGAUAACGGAGGAUUUUAUAUAUCCACCAACAAGACCUUCGACAAACUGUGCGAUUUAGUGAACGCUUAUACCAAAAAUGCAUACGGUCUGUGCCACGUGUUGGCGAAGCCGUGCAAGAAACCGCAGCCGCCCAUGUGGGACCUGGGCCCCACCUACCGGGACAAAUGGGAGAUCAACAGGGACGAAUUGAUCCUGAUCAGGCGAUUGGGCCGCGGCAACUUCGGCGAAGUCUACUACGGCAAAUGGAAGAACAACAUCGAAGUGGCCGUUAAAACGUUGCGCGAGGGCACCAUGUCGACGGCCGCCUUCCUCGAGGAGGCGGCCAUCAUGAAGAAGUUCCGCCACAAGAAGCUGGUCGCUUUGUACGGGGUGUGCAGCGAACAGGAGCCGAUCUACAUCGUGCAGGAGUACAUGAGCAAAGGCAGCCUGCUCGAUUUCCUGCGCAAGGACGACGGCAAGCAUUUGGUGUUCGAAGAUUUGAUUUACAUCGCUUUCCAAGUGGCCUCCGGCAUGGAGUAUUUGGAAUCUAAGCAACUCAUACACAGGGAUUUAGCGGCGAGGAACGUGCUGAUAGGCGAGAACAACAUCGCGAAAAUCUGCGAUUUCGGUUUAGCGAGGGUGAUCGAAGACAACGAGUACUGUCCGAAGCAGGGCUCGAGGUUCCCGGUGAAGUGGACGGCGCCCGAAGCGAUCAUCUACGGCAAGUUCUCGAUCAAAUCGGACGUUUGGUCGUAUGGCAUCCUUCUAAUGGAGCUGUUCACGUACGGGCAGGUGCCUUAUCCGGCGAUGCCCGGCAGGGAGGUGGUGGAUCUCGUCGAAAAGGGCUACAGGAUGCCGAAGCCGACGACGCACCAGGUACCCGACGAGAUCUAUCAGAUAAUGUUGAAUUGCUGGGACGCGAAUCCGGAGAAACGGCCGACGUUCGAGUUUCUGACGCAUUACUUCGAAGGGUUCAACGUCACGUCCGAAGUUCCUUACAGAGAAGUGCCGGAUUAAAAGGUUUUUACUUUGAAUAUUUUUUUUGUAUUUUUACUUUUCUCGAGUUCGAAGCGGUUUCGAAAUCGGAACUCCGUCCGAUUGGGAAAUCGUGUAUAUAUAUUUUUAUAUGUUUAUUUUUUAACGUUCGAAGUGUUACUGGUAGAUCUCAUUUAGUUUUAUAAAUGUCGCACUUCGUAUAAUAUCCUCUAAUCUUCCUUCGACGGGAUUUUCGACUCUUAAGGAAUAUUGUGCUUAAGACAGUAUGUUGUAAAAAAAUAAAAAAAUAGAAAGACAAAAAUCUGGUUGGCUAGAAACAGAGACAAAAGCAGUACUUUGUGAUAUUUUUAUUGAAACAUAAUCUUGACUAGUCACUUAAUAGUGAAAUUAUUAAUACAUAAUGUUUGACUGGAUGGUUAUUUUUGUUAAACUGACUGUGAGGAAAUCAAUCGCUUCAAGAUUAUCCAAAAAAUCAUCAUCUAGUCUUGAAUAAAGGCGUAUAAGCAUCACGAUUGAAAAAAAUUACGACAUUCACUUUUUACGACCAGUUUUCCGCAUUGCGUACGAUUUUUACUAUUGUUAUUGUAUUUUACACUUGUGUGGAAAUUUACGUUUUGUUUUUUAUUUUUGUAAAUAAUUAUGUCUUGCAACUUCCAUUUGGUAGAUAAUUAAAUUUAAUUUAAUUAAAAAUAAACUACAAUAGUUGGUUAAAAGAUUUUUUAUCAUUACUUUAUUAAUAUUUCACACGGAAAAUCUACGUAACUGUGACAAUAACUAAUCGAAAUUUACAAUCAUUUAGAAACUUGAUAUUGUUCAUGCUGCUUACAUAAGUAUCUAUCAAACGGAAUUAGACAUGUUAAGUUUCUUCUAAAAUAGUAAUAAAAAACUAAAAAGUAAGACGAAUCGCAAAAAGACUGUAUACUUAUCGCUUUGUAAAACCAAACAAUUCGUUCAAACGAUUCGUGUAUUUUCGUAGAUUUUCUAAACUGAGCCACGUAUAAGUACGACUUAGUAGGGGGAUAGUACAAAAAGGUUUAGAAGCAAAAUGUCCUAUUCCAGAAUUUUAACUUUUUAUACGACUUUUUGUACUUCGAAACUCGUUUUACACAAAAAAUAUAAUGAGAAUUUAUUGGACGUGGACCAAACGGUAAAAAUAUUAUUUUCGCGUUCAUGUCGUAUAUGAGUAGAGCAACUUCUAUUGUAAACAUGUGUGUGCGUUUCCGUCUAUGCAUGUAUGUUUUAUUAUUUUAUAUUAAUAGUCAUGCAGAUGGAUUAUAAUUGAUAAAUUGGUUAUACAUAUUCUAUUUGUUAUCAUUAUUUUUCUUUUGUUGCAAAUUCUGCAUGAUAAAUCUUGUAGUUUCAUCUUUAGAUCGUCGAAGGUGAAAUUGCAGGUGGUUCAAAGUAUGCAAAAAAUCUCUAAUUGCCUAGUUUUUUUUUCAAUUUAUCACAUAUUUUAUUAUUAUUUGCGUGCUUUUAUUCUGAUGCAAUGAAAAUACUUAUUUAUAUAAGUUCAUUUUGAAAAUUGAGGUUAUUCUGCAUACAGGGUUUUUUAUGAGAUUAGUUAGAUGUGUAUGUGUGUUAUUGUGAUAGUAUGUAUUCGAGAAAUAAUAAUUAUUUACGUAUGUUAUGAAUUUAUGUUUUACACUCUCUUCAUGAGUUACACUCGUGAAACUUUCACGGUACUACAUGUACUUUAUACCUGCAUAAAUUCAUAACAUAAAUAUUGUCCAUCCAGAUAUUCAGUCACGUCAAAUAUGUCUACAUUGUAUUCUUUUUUUUCUUUAUUUUUAUUAAAAAAAAGCCAUAUGUUAACAGAAUUUUAUAGGAACCAUCAUUAUAAUUUUUUGUAAAUAUAGUAUUUAAUAAAGUAUUACUCCUCAAUAACUUUCUUUAGAACCAAUAGGAUUCAAGGGAGUUCAUAAUUCCCAAAAGAUUUAUCAACUCCCAAAAAUUCCACAGGUUCAUAGGAAAUUCAAGGAGGACUUCGACUGGAUUUCUAUGGCAAGACGGUAUAAAGUAUGGAGGAGAAGAAGAAGAAGAGAGGAGAAAGGAAAAGAAAUAUCCUGGAAACCUGGAAAAAAAAAGACAAAACCGAUAAUUAUUUAUACAAAGACAUUUAUCAAUAUUUUUUUCGAUAUUCUUAUAAUAUAAACAACUAUUUCUAUUUACAGUGUAACGAUAUUAUUAUGUUUACGUACACCAUUUUCGCAGAUUCAUAUCAUAACAUUUUUACCACCUCUAUAAAUACAUCGUCAACAAACCAAAAUAUAACAAUUCGACUCGGACAGAGAGUCUCUUCACACCAUUUUGCACAACACAUAUUAUAUUACCUGUCUGUCGCAAAAAAUUAUAACAAGGAAACCUUUAUAUUUCUUAAUUUAAAUUGGUGUUAUUCCCUUUCUAGCACCCAGGGUAUUUAGAUUAGAAUAGCAAAGUUAAUAAAAUAAAAGUUUCGAUGUUACAUCUCGACCAGACAGCGGCAGGUAUGGAUUUACCGUUUUUUUUUUUGUUAAAAUGGAACCCAAAUGUGCGCUAAAGCGUGCACGUACAGCUUUGGAUGUGAAAAAUAGUUUAAACGCUUUUUAGUAAAAUAUAUAGCACAACGCCCGGGUAAUUAUCGAGCGACGUGCAUGGACGAAAAUUGGAGGGGUGCAUUUGCCGCAAAAACUUAGUGCCGAAUUUAGCGUUUUUCUAACACUAAUUUAGAAAAAAAAAUCGCUUCGACUAUUACUCAUUCGAAGCUUCUCCGUUCGUGCAACAUAUAGAAAAAGCUCCGUUCAUUUUAGGCCUAAAUUUCACUUUUGCUGUUGUCGAAAAAGGUGGUUCGUUUCGCAAACGAAAAAAACGCACACACUGAAAAAUCUCAAACAAGCGUUACAAUUCAUUUGCGAAACCAACGAUAUAUACAGGGCGAUUUAAUUACGGAACACAUUAUAUAAGUAAAUCACCCUUUUGUUAAAAAAAUUAUUCAUAUACAAAAUUAAAAAAGAAUUAUACAACGAACCAUCAACCAACGCCUAAAUUACAGCGAUUAUUAUUAAUCGAUGUUUCCCUGUACAAUCACAAACUAGAGCUAAUCGCUUAACGCUAUUGCCCUUUGGCACUUAAGAGAGUUUCCUACGUCGUUCUCAGGUUUCUUUCAUUUUCUAAUUCUCUCAUUUUUAUCACUUGUAAUAUUUUUUUUUUGGAUCAUAAACUAGAUGGGUACAAUUUUUACAAUAUGGCUACCAUAAAAAUCCUCGAAUGCUACGCAUCAAUGAAACAGACGAGAUAAAUCAAUGAAAUGCUUGACUUUUUGAUGAGCAAUAAAAUUAACAAUGCGCUAGUAAUGAGAUUGAAAACGUUUUCUCAUCUGUUCAUCAAAUCUAAAUAAGUAAAAUUUAUAAAAAUGUACAAAAGUAAUUGAAAUCCACUACGCUUCAUUCGAUGAAGAAUAACUAACUAGUCUAAAAGACUAGAAGCAGUGAAGACGUCUUGGUAAGUAAAUAACUCGAUUAAUCUAAAUAUUUUUACCUAAACAACCCACCGAAUAAAAUAUAGUAAGAUUUCGAAUUUCUAAACAAACUUUUAUCUCCUAUUUUUGUUUUAUAUAAAUUACAAUUUCGCUAUUAACAGUACGUUUUUCGCUCUAAGAAAACGGAAUUACAACUAAAAAAUCCUAAAAAAGAAACGCCGAAACCAACUAAGUGGAUGUUAAUUUUUCAACAACGAAACGUUUCUAUACACUAUUUACAAGAAUAAAUCUGAGAGUGAGCUGUAAAAUCGGGACAUCUACCACUGCAAGAAAACCGAAGGAACGUUUAUUUUUAGCAGUCUUUAGCAAAAACGGAAUAAUAUGAUUUGUUAAUAGCAAAGCUCUCUAAAUUUCGAAAAAAUUUCCAAAUUAAUAUGCCUAAAAAAUCACUUUAAAUGUUAAUGCGCCAGGCAAGGCAACGGCAAUCUCAGCUUGGGAACAAUUUCAUUUUUCGCAAAGAAGCUUUUAUUAUUUCAUCCGGCGAACUAAUUUGUAGUAAUUGAGCACCAUGGAAGGAAUGAUUAUACGAUUUUCACAUUGCGCGUUUUUUUUCAUCAUUGUCGAUUAUAAAAGUAUCAAAGAUCAUUUUCGAAUUCUCAAAUCCAGAGACGAUAAAUUUACUACCGUUCGAUUACCAAUCGAAACGGCGACAAAAUAAUAAUAUCUAAUAGUAUAUAAAUUACUGUAAUUACUUGUUGCAUGAUACUACUGUAUAUUUCUCUGGUUUCGAGAAACUACAUAUACCAACGUUCAAAUUAAAUAUAUUUUUUUUUAGUUUGCGCCUCGUCCGAAAGGCGAGAAACUUACGUUUUAAAAAUUGCCAGAAUCAACACUUACAUUACAUAUCACAACAAGAUUCAUAAUCCUAUUUUAUUUUGUUUAUCUUAUUUAUACACAAUUAAACUUCCGUUACAAGUUACAAACACCCUGUCUUUAUAUUGAGUAAUUCCUGAUUGUGAUUAAUUGAAUUAUUACGCGGAUAAUUGAUACUUUUUAAAUUAAAAAUAUAAUGCGUUUUUCCACGAUACGAAACUUUCUAAAAAAAAAGAGAACCCGUUGAAUUUACUAUUUUUUUUAAAUCGCAAACUACUCGAAAUUGAAGUAAGGAGAAUCGUAUUUUCGCUAUACACACACACACACGCCAAUUUUUUACAGUGUACGAUAACGCUGAGAGAGAAAAAAAAAAGGAUUCCGGUUUCAUUCGAUUCUGACACAUUCUCAGUCGCGCGAAGAUCUUCGGAGAACGGCUGGAUAAAUCGCAAUUAUUCGUUGAAUCCUCCCCUAUCUUCGCACUAACCGUUCUCGUUACAAAAAAACUAAUACAAUACAGUCUUAAAAAUCACAAAAAAAAACCACAUAAAUCAAUUAAAAUGCUCGGUCGUUAUCGAAGUUAAACCUAAAAAAUUACUAAACUUACGUAGACAGUUAAAAAAAUACAUUGCUAUAGCCAGUGCAAAACGAUGAUAUCGUUUCAUUUAUUCGCUCGUCUCCUUCACCGCUUUACAGACGACAUUUCCUUCGAAGGUUUAGUCAAGACCGGCCUCAUUUAACCGACGAAUACCUCUCCGGAUACA